CAAUGACUGCUCCCGUAGUGGCCAUCAAACAUGGUAAACUGCUUGGUGCAGUUAAAAAAAAUUUUGACGGAGACAAUUACUAUAGGUUUUUGGGCAUUCCGUAUGCCAAACCUCCAAUCGGAGAACUGAGGUUUAAGGCGCCCCAACCAAUAGAUCCUUGGGAUGAUGUAAGAGACGCAACCAAAGAUGGAAAUGUAUGUUACCAAAUAAACCAAUAUUCAGGCCAAAUCGCAACUCCGGCUAACGGUUCCGAAGACUGCCUUUACCUUAAUGUUGCUACAAGAGAACUUCCUGGACCUGGAAUAACGCCUAAACCAGUUCUGGUCCAUAUCCAUGGAGGAGCGUUUACGAUAGGCUCAGGAAACCAAGAAGGACCCAUUGCUGAGUCACCGGAAAUGAUUAUGACACAGGACGUUGUGUUCGUGGGAUUUAAUUACCGUUUAGGAAUUUUGGGAUUUCUUAGCAUGGAAGAUCCUUCCUUAGAGGUACCCGGAAAUGCGGGACUUAAGGAUCAAGUUCUAGCAUUAAAAUGGAUUCAAGAAAACAUUGCGGCGUUCAACGGGGAUCCAAAAAAUGUGACAAUAUUCGGAAUAAGUGCUGGAGGAGCUGCCGUUCAGUUUCAGCUUCUGUCUCCUUUAUCCAGAGGGCUCUUUCAUCGAGCGAUUACCCAAAGCGGUUCAGUUUUAAGUCCAUGGGCUUGGGGAUCGAAAAAUGCAAUACUAGCGGCCGAAAAAUUGGGCGAGAGCGUAAAAACUGAGAAAGAAGCUUUGGAGAUACUGAGACGGGUGCCAGUCGAAGAGUUGUUUGAAGCCCAAAGCAAAUUGGAGGACAAUAUUGAAGAUAGCAGAUACCGAAGGCCGUUUUCUCCCGUGAUAGAGACACCCAGCCCAGAGGCAUUUUUAGAUAAACACCCAGUGGAAUUGCUCAAGGCUGGAGAGUUCAAUCGGGUACCGUUAAUCAUCGGUUGUACGACUGAAGAAUCUUUGACUGUGAUCACCGUCCGUAAAGGAAAAUCAUCUAUAGAACAGGGCAUACCUUGGUACUUUGAUCUGAAAUCAGAUAGUGAAGAAUAUGAGAAAGUCAGGAAAGAAUUUAUAGAUUUUUAUGGUCACCGCGAUGCUGUUGAUGGGUUUGUCUUCAAGCUGUAUUCGGAUGCCAUGUUUGUCGGGGCAGUUACAGAAUUUGCUAGAUUAACUGCAAAAGCAUCUCAGAAUCCUGUGUUUUUCUAUCAGUUUGCAGCUUCGAGCGUCUUGGAAAAUUUAGAUGAAGCUCUAAGGAGUAAGCAAGACUUUGCCAAAGGCAAAGGCGCGUUUCACGGAAUCGAUGGUUUAUAUAUUUUUGGUAAAAAACCGCCUUUAAUAAAGUCACCCAAUGAUGUAAAAAUUAUGCGUAACGUUUUGAAAAUGUGGACGAAUUUUGCCAAGGAUGGUAGACCAACGAUCAAGGACCAACCAACGAACUGGGACCCGGUGACAGAUCCAGAGAAUCUGAGUUGUUUAAUAAUCGAUGAAGAAUUAAAGUUUCAGAGCAAUCCCUUUGCGGACAGUACGGAUUUCUGGAAAAAACUGUAUACAAAAUAUGAUCUUAAAUUGUUGCUAGACUUACCUAAGAACCCUCCUCCUUUAUCCGGGCUUGGGACCGGCAGUGACAACUGUGAGCUACUCACUCCACCCACAGCUGCCCCAGGCAGAGUUGCAAAAUUUGGGAUGCAAAAUUACAAGCUCUGGAUUCCUGGAAGAAGAAAAGACCUACUGGACGACCACCUAAACGUUGGCGAGAUAGUUGGCAGUCAACCUCGCAAGAGUUGCUUAGACGAGGAGGAAACCGGAACUAAACAGGCGAUACGCAUUCUAAAAGAGGAAGAAGAAGAAGAAGGGAAUUCUCUGCCUUUCGAAAAGUUAUAUUAUAUGAAAACAGACAUUACAGAAAACAAUCAGGGAUAUGACGAAAAUCUUUCGAGUCCGAUACUGAAUGCAACUGGAAUUUAUAAUAAAUUAAGUAAUUUUGUUGUUUUCGAGCCAGUUAGCCGCGACAAAAUGACUGAGCCGAUUGUUACGGUCAAGCAGGGCAUUUUGCGAGGCAAAAUUGCAAAAGAUUUCGAUGGAAACAAUUAUUACAAGUUUUUGGGUAUACCAUUCGCUAAACCACCUAUUGGAAAUUUAAGAUUUAAGGCUCCGGAACCUGCUGGACCAUGGGAGGACGUCAGAGAUGCGACCACAGAUGGAAAUAUAUGCUAUCAAAUGAACAUACUUACCAAGACCGUAUCUGGUUCAGAAGAUUGUCUUUAUCUUAAUGUCGCUACUAAGCACCUUCCGUCAGAAGAAAUUUCACCAAGACCGGUAAUGGUUCAUCUCCAUGGAGGUGGAUUCGUCAGCGGAACGGGCAAUCAGGAUCAGGAAAUGUUCGGGUCAGCCGACUACUUGCUAACGGAAGAUGUGGUAUUUGUAGGUGUUAAUUAUCGACUCGGUAUUUUGGGUUUCCUUAGCCUGGAAGAUGAGUCACUCGAUGUUCCCGGUAAUGCUGGCCUAAAAGAUCAAGUUCUCGGAUUAAAGUGGGUACAAGAAAACAUCGCUUUUUUCAACGGUGAUCCCAACAACGUUACUAUAUUUGGAGUGAGCGCUGGUGGAGCCUCCGUUCAAUUUCAAAUACUAUCACCGCUUUCUAAGGGUUUGUUUCAUAAGGCUAUUAGUCAGUCGGGUGGAAUUUUAAACCCAUGGGCAUGGGGAUGCCGAAACAACGCCAUAGAUGCUGCGAAAAAGCUGAACCAAGGCGUAAAAUUCGAGGCGGAUGCUUUGGAAGUUCUACAAAAUAUCUCAAUCGAAGAACUAUAUAAAACCCAACUACAAUUUAAGGAUGACCUCUUGGAGAUGAGAGCAAGAAGACCGUUCUCUCCUGUAAUAGAAAAAUCCAGCCCAACAGCGUUUUUAUCUAAGCAUCCCUUAGAAGUUUUAAAGUCGGGUGAGUUUAACCAAGUGCCAAUGAUAGUGGGUUGCACGUCUGAAGAAGGCUGGAGGUUUGAUACGUUUAAACAAUCUCAAAGUUGCAUUGAGCAAGGCAUUCCUUGGUACUUUCACCUGAAGCCCGGCACUGAAGAAUACGAAAGAGUCAACAAAUCUUUCAAAGCGUUUUACGACGGAUACGAGUCGCGUGAUGGUUUCAUUUAUAAGUUAUACUCUGACGCAAUGUUUGUUGCUGGUAUUACAGAAUUUAUUAAACUGGCAGUUCAGAAGUCGGCGAAUCCGAUUUUCUUCUACCAGUUUGCUGUAGAUAGGGAAUUGGCCGACUGUUUAGGUAUUUUGCUUAACUUGAAAUAUGAACCAGGAAAAGGUGCAUCUCACGCUGCAGAUUGUGCUUAUAUGUUUAUGCUGGUGGGUCACCCAGUGAGUGAUCCUACCGACAUAAAAAUAAUGAGAAACCUGGUGAAAAUGUGGACCAAUUUUGCCAAAUAUGGCGCACCAACGUUGGAUAGCUCGCUAGUCGAUUGGCAACCAGUGAAAAGCCCAAACGAACUGCCGUGUCUAAAAAUUGACGAGAAUUUAUCGUUAGUUCAAAAUCCAUUCCAAAAGAGUGUUGAAUUAUGGCAAGAAUUGUUCAGCAACUAUUACCCGAAGCUAUAUUAGGAAUAAAAGUUUUCAUGAACACAAAAUAUACGGUUGACUGUUUAAUUUCUUCUUCAUGUCUACAACUUAAUCUUCUGUCCGAUAUCUAAAAAUCCAAUUAAUAUUUACUUCACCAUUAUAAAUUCGUAUUAAAUUAUGCUUUAUUGUGUGGUAUGAACUCUCUUGUUAUAAAGUAAGCCAGAAAUUGUUUCGUAAAGCUUCUGUGUAACUUCUGAAUCAGCCUCGAUCUACUACUAAGGUUUUUAACAGAGAUAUUCAACACUAGAUUAGGAUAUAACGGUAUCACGGUAUAUAAUUUAGGGAAUUGCUUUAUUGCUCUGCUAACCAGAUCUCCGGAACUAAUCGGAUAAGCAUGGCAACCAGAAUUUGCGCUAAAGUUUCCUUUUGUUCUUUGUAUAUCUAAAAACUCAGAGCAAACAAGCAAUUUUUUUAAAAUAGGGCUUCUUCCGGUUAUCAAAAUUCAGAAUACUAAUUUAACUAAUUUAGUCGACUGCAGUAAUAAAUAAAACUCAUAAAAACGCAUUGUAGAAACUAGUGGUAUGGAGUGGCAGAAUCUACAAACUAUCGCAAAUGGGACGGCACCAACUUCAACAGCAGGUUGGUGGUCGCUUCACCUGGGGGUAGCUUCGUUGGCGCAACAAAACGAACACUUUAAAACCCGUUGGGCUCGAAUCGAAUUGAAAUUAAAGAACAACAGAAAUAGAGAACGAGCAUCAGUUGCAGGAACGCCGUCUGAUGUCGACACCUUACAUAUUUUUAAUUCGCUACUUUGAAGCUCUAGUAUUUGUAUUGUCCCUAUUUAACUGAUAGUGUCAAUGAUAAAAGCUAUUAUUUCUUAGUUGAAUGUUAGAAUCAUCCAGAGUGUAAUUUUUUCUAUUUAGACAUUUCGACAUUCUUCAAUGGUCGUUUGAAAAUAUUCUCCAAGAAUGGAACAUGUGAUUGAUUAGUAGGAUUCUUGAGAGGUUAAAUUAACACGGAUUAAUAGCAAUCCGUUUAUGUCACUACCAAAACUUCUAUUUCAUGAGGACCUGUGAUGAUGAUGAUUGAAAUGCAGUCCUUAAACUGUAUCGAUUCACCAUCUAGGAGGAGGAGUAUGAGGGAUGGCAACUCUAGCAUUAUGCGAAUGCUAGAUGCAUUUUUUCAUCGUAAAUUAUAUGUUAGGCAUGAAGUUAUUCGCGCUACCCCUUGGGGACUACGAAAAGUUCGCUGAUUGGUGCAGAACUGACUGUUGUAUUUUCCUCCCUAAUAUCGAUGAUUGGAAACAGUUAAUUUAUCUUUGAGACUGGACUAAAGCAGCCUAAUGAUGAAUUAAGGUCAAGUAGUCGGGUCGGCGAAUGGAAAGCAGCAAAUCAAAAAACGCGUCCAGAAGUCAGAAAACCUCACACUGCGGUGGGUACUCCGGCAACUAGCAUUUAGGCAGCUAUAUUUUACCAUUCUCGUAUAUUUGUAUUGUGUAUGUAUUUAGUAUGUAGUAUAUGGUACCAAAUUAAACCCGUGAGUAGUUUAUGCAUGUGUCGUAUACUAUACUUUUCCUACGACUAAUAGUUUUCGGGGACAUUUUUCCCAAAGAACACGACUCCCAAACUCGUGAUUAAAGUAUCGAAAACGGCCGAAGUGGUUGAUGCCCGUAAAUAAUGACGCUGACGUACGUCAGGUGAUCUAAACAAACAGAAGAGAGCGGUAUUGUAAAAGUAGGGCAAAAGCGCUACGAGACUGUCGGAGUCGUUUACACCGAACGUCUGAACAUCCGAGCUAUCCGAGAGAGUUAACGAAUUUUGAGUGAAUGAAAAAUAUCUAGAGGAUGUGGAUUUUCCUAUUCUCCAUCAUAAUUGUAGAUCGGCAACAACGAAUUAUUGGCCCCCAGUUGAUGCUGCUGAAACAUCCACGGUGUAGGGGAAGUAGAGAAAGUUGUCACGUAUUAGCCGGGAAUGCCGCGUCGUGGAUGAAAUUUCAGUCCAGUCCAGGAGGUUCUGCUUGCAGGGCAGGGUAGUUUGGGGGUGACUAGUAGGUACACUAGGUAAUUCACACGAGCACCGAGUUGUAUAUUGAUGAUAACGGUUACUUAAUGCCCGACUGAGCUGGGGAUUGCUUCGUGGUGCGCGGCUAUAGUGUAUUAGGAAUUCACUUGAGAUUGUAUGUAUUUGUUUUGUACAGCGCACAAGGAUGGAAACAAAAUAUUUCGGUUUGCAAUGACUGAAAUCGCAAAUUUCCCUUGUCCAAUCUUAUCUGUAACCAUGCAGCAGACGGUUCCUAAUUUAUAAUAAAAAAAGGCGAAUGCGCAAGUAUUUAAAUUAUUUACAUCGGCACAAUUAUCGUGUCUCUAACUAGGUUAGUAUGAUGAUUUUUUAAAAUGUUAAUUUCGAUAUUGCUUGGAAGAUGAUUUUAUGAUAUAUUUAUAUGAACUAUUCUAUUUAAAAUUGGCCAGAGUUAAAUUUAAAGGAA